UCGUCCAGCUAUGUACGAGCAGACAUUUUCAUCAGAAACUCAGCCACCAUCUUUGCCUUGAAUUUUUUCUGAGCCUAAACUUUUCGCCCUCCAAGGAAAAUAAGCACUCCAUUCUCUUUCAUUUGGUGGCGAUGAAAAAUCCUCUCGUUCACUUUCUGAUAUUUGUAGUGCCAGCAACUAUUGAAGCCUACAGGGAGGCAGGGAACUGCUACAAAUGCGAUGGGAACAAUGAACAGUGUAGUCUGGCAAUGAUGCACUCGGAUAUUGCAAAGUAUACGGUGAGAUGCGCGCGAGACUAUAUCUACUGUAUGACAAUCUUCCUGGAGCAAGAUGGAAGAAAGAUCUUUAAUAAACGGUGCGCAAGUGAACGGAUCUGCAACAGAGAAAUUUCUCGCUGCGAUGGAAGUGAGCGCACGACCAAGGGGGGUCUUCAGACCGAGAAGAUUUGUCAUGCAUGGUGCUGUGAAGGAGACUGGUGCAAUCCUGGGUCACGUGUCUCUCCAGCACAUCUUGUGAUGAUGUCAGGACUUCUGUGCGCUAACCUGAUGUAUAGAAUUUAUUUGUAGAAGAGUGUAACAUUGAGUUUUACCUAGCGUGUUGUGGUUAGAAAUUUAUGUCAAGCACCAGAUGAAAUUAAGACUAUAUUGUAAGGAAAUGUAUCGUUUGAACAAGCUGAUAAAAGUCACCCGUGUUGUGUUGAUAAUAGGGACCUUAAGCAGUCAGGACGGCAACGCCAAGGUAGACUUCGAUUAAAAAAUGAAUAUCUACUCUU